ACACUGAACAGGAAAUGAGCCAGUCGAGAAGAAAGAAUCAGUAGAUGUGAGCAGCAGGCUGGAGCUCCACAACUGUAUGUACAUUUCUACAUCUCAGGCUGUUUGGAUCCUUGUUAGAGUCAGCUCAUCGACUUUCUUUCAGAAGGGAAAUCUGGAGAAAACACACAUCCGCAGCUCCAACAAUGUCAGCUCUGCCCCCGCGCUAACUGAGCUCCCACAGGAGGGCCGGUGAGAUGGCGUUCGUGGCGGUGGAGUUCGACUACGAGUACAAAGCAAAGGACGGCCGGCGUAUCUCCAUCAAACCCAACGAGAGGUACAUCCUCAUCUCCAAGACCAACGAUCACUGGUGGCAAGUCUGCAAAGACAAAGACUCCAAACCCUUUUACGUCCCUGCAGAGUACGUGAAAGAGGUCUCAGUUCCUUCUGGAGAUUCUUCUGUUCCUAAGAAGCCAGAAUCAUCAAAGAGUCUGGCUAGAAGUAAACCAGUGGAUGGGGCAAAGAACAACUUAGCGGACAUGACCAAGAAAACAUCCCCUGACACAAAAACAGUGACUCGUCUUCGGAGUGAAUCAAAAGAAACAAUCCGCUUCUCUACGUUUGGUUUGUGGGUGAACUUGCAAAGUGAAGAUGCUCCAGCAGCACGCAAUCGUGCACACAGUUUGAAUGACAUACAGAAAGAGAUGUCCCCAAACUCUUCACGCAGGGCAUCAGCUGCUCCACAAGCAGACAUAUCUGAGGACAUAGAACUAUACGCAAAACCUCGGCCUGCAGAAAAAAAAAUGAAGCAGGCAAAAAUCUCAAAGGGGGACAAAUCCAGAGAGGAGCCACAGGGUUGUGUGGAGGAUAAACCUGUGGAUUUACCCCCACCCAUCAUGGAUGAUAUGGAUUUCCCUUUGCCUCCCCCAGACUUCUAUGACACACCUCCUGAAAUAAGCGUAACUGAUUGUGACUCCUUUCCUGAGCCUCCUAAUCCUGCUGGAUCCCCACCAAAAGAAUCAGCCCCGCUGCUUCAAAGUUCAGCUCUGACAGCAGACAAAGAGCAGGUGGAGGAUAAAAAUCUCCGGACAGCAGUGUACGUCAACGUAGCACAGCUUCGCCAAAGCAUCUCCGAAUCUCCCCCAUCGGAUCCCUCCCCCUGCUCGCCUUCCUCCCUAACACAGGAGGGAUGGGAGGUUCAUGUUGACGAAGAAAGUGGACAGAAAUAUUACUUCCACCCCGACACGGGGCGCACCACCUGGGACAAACCCUUUUUAGACUCCCCCACGGACCCUGAGCGGCUCCCUCCAGAGGUACCUUGCUCUCCGUCCCCCCCUCCAUCUGACUGGGGCUCAGACUGGGAGCAGCUGGUGGAUGAAACCACUGGUCGGCCUUACUUCUAUAACCACAUGUCCGGGGAGACGUCCUGGGACCCUCCUGAGCAGCAGAGCCCUUACCCCCCUCCAAUGGAGCCUAUGAGCAUGCACAGGUUUCCCGAUGACGGACCGCCUCCUUUACCUGCGGAGGACUAUCCCUCAGAAGAUUACCCUGGUGCAGAAACAGCAGAGGCAUACGAGGAUCUCAACAAUACCGGACCUCCCACCCUCCCCAAGGAGUACAGUCUCAGUCAUGUGAGUCGGACCAAUAUUCCCCGGGCCAACCUGGAUCGCAGUACCCCGCCUGGAUGGAACCUGACUGUGGAACCCAAUGGGACCUGGGUUUUCACCAGUGAAAACUCUCCAGAUCAGUGGAUAAAGUCUGUAGAUGAUCAGGGGCAGACCUACUACUACCUGAGGGACGGCUCCAAGUCUGAGUGGAAUCUACCUGAGGCCCCAGGAGCUCCAUCACACUCCAAUGUGCAGAAUGGUGAUGAGAACGAAAAUGUCCACAUCAUCAAAAACUGGAGAGAAUCGAGGGCACCUGCUCAAUUCUCCACUAACCAGGAAGAUGGGAGGUUUGUGCAGACUCAUCUGAGGAACACAUCAGACCACAGCAGCGAUAGCUCCAGUACAGGAAACUCUCCAGAGCAUUACGUACAGAACUUGGAAAAAGCUGGAAUUCUUAAUAAAACAAAAGUUUGUGAGAAUGGAAAGAAAGUUAGGAAAAACUGGGCUCCAACAUGGACUGUUCUUCACGGAGGAGUCCUGACAUUUCACAAAGACCCCAAACCCUCACCAGGCGCUGUGAACAGGACCAAUCAGAUUGUUCCAGAGUUCACGGUGGAUCUGAAGGGCGCUACGAUUGGCUGGGCCACCAAGGACAAAUCCAGUAAAAAGAAUGUUUUAGAGCUCAAAGGGAAGAACGGUGUGGAGUUUCUCAUCCAGUACGACAUAGAAAGCAUUAUCUUCGACUGGCACAAAGUUUUAACGGACACCAUUCGACAGCUCGACUACCAGGACCACCCGUCUGAGGAAGAGGAUGGAGACCUAUAUGAGAAAAUCGUAGAACGAGACAUCAAGCCUGCGGUUGGAGCAGACAAAGUAAAACCCCAAAGGCCAAGCGUAUCGCAGUCCCCCAGCGCUGCGGGGGAAACGGAUCCGAAGAAGGUUCGGACCAAGCUCAUGAAGUUCCUCAUGAAGCGGCCAACGCUGCAGUCGGUCAAAGAAAAGGGUUAUUUCCGAGAAAAUGUGUUUGGUUGUCAUCUGGCCACGCUGUGUGCUCAGGAGAGGGCCACCGUUCCUAGUUUUGUGGAAAAAUGUGUUAAAGCAGUAGAAAGGAGAGGUUUAGACAUUGAUGGGCUGUACAGAGUCAGUGGAAACCUUGCUGUCAUACAGAAGCUUCGCUUCAAGGCGGAUCAUGAGGAACUGGACCUUGAGGAUGGUCAGUGGGAGGACGUUCAUGUCAUCACCGGAGCACUGAAAUUAUUUUUCCGAGAGCUUCCUGAGCCUCUAUUCCCCUACAGCCACUUUAACAGCUUCAUUGCAGCCAUAAGAAUUGCAGAUUACAACACAAAGCUGUCUCACAUUUUUGAGCUGGUUAGAUCACUUCCUCCUGCAAACCAUGACACUAUGAAGCUGCUUUUUGGGCAUUUACAAAGGGUAAUUCAAUACGGUGAGAGCAACCGGAUGACUGUGCAGAACGUCGCCAUCGUGUUCGGCCCAACGCUGCUUCGGCCGGAGACGGAGACAGCGAACAUCACCAUGCACAUGGUCUUCCAGAACCAGAUCGUGGAGUUCAUCCUGAAUGAAUACAACCGUCUGUUUAGCUGAAGCUAAAACAGUCACGCACAUCUGGACGAACGUGUAAAAAAGUGCUAGACUUUUUGUUUUCUUUCUUUUUUUUUUUAAGAUUUCCCAUCGUAUGCACAUCAGCAGCUUUAGUACCACAUGUGAAAUUAAAGAUGUAUGGAAUAAAUUAAAAGUGCCGUUGAAAUUAAGCUGCCAAGAUAAGGGAUUUGCUCUGUAUGUUUGUUUUUUUUUUUGCCUGAGGACGUUCGCACUGUCAAACUCUCUGUUCCAGUAUUGUAGGAAUAAGUCUGAGCUGCACUGAUUUUACUUUUCUUCAGUGAAAGAAGCACUCUGUGUCAAACUGCUUUCAGAAUCUAAAUGUUCGAAAGCUGCUAAAGCCACUUUCUCCUAUUUGAUGCUUGCUUUUCUCCUCUUAGAUGAAGUAAAAAUGUCCAAAUCAGUUUGGUAAAACCUGGGAAGCAUUAACGCUGUCUUAAAUGAGCUUUUAUCUUUUUUUUUUUUUAAGCAUUUAAUCUCUUUCUAACGUUUGUUUAGGAUCUGAUGUUACAUGAUAUCAAUUCUGGUAAUAACUGUUAUUGUAUUCUUACAUCUUCCAUUUUUUUUCCUCUCACUCUUCCCAUUAAAUUUAUUGUAAUAUAGAAAUGUAUAAAUAGAUGAAAUUAUUGCCAACAUGUUGGUGUGAAGUAGAAAAUGGAUUAGAUGUAGAUUGUAAAAGACUGUGAGAGUAUUUUUUCAAUUAUGCUGUACCUGAGGAGUUUGUAAGAUAAAACAGUGAGAAGAAAUAGUUAUAUAUUAACAGAUUGAAGUCAACUUAAUCUAACAGCCAACAGAAAAGAGGAAAUUAGCAUAACUAUAUGUCCUGUAAAUAGUAAUAAAUGGUAUAGUUAUGCUGCAAGCUGGUGGAAAAAAGCACAAAUUCUUUCUAUAAU